AUGAAACAACAACAAAUUCUUUCCUUGUUGCUUCUUUCUCUCUUGGCGUUGACUUGUUCACUCGCUGCUCAAGAACAACAACAAGUCUCAAUUCAUCAUCCAACCGAAUUCAAAAUUCCACCAGGUUGGAGACGUUUCUUUGACCAUUCCGUAUCAUCCAUGCAUCCACAAUUAUCUUCCUUUUUAUGGGAAACUCAAAAAGCCAAUGUCACUUUUUCAUUGCAUUCACAAAAUACCGAAUGGCUUCGUGAACAAUUUGAAAGUGUCUCGGAUCCAUUCCAUCCAAAAUUUAGAAAGUUUUUGAGUAUGGAACAAGUAGCUAGAAUGACCUCUCCUCAUGCUUCUCAUAAGCAAUUGGUCAUGGAAUUUAUCAAGAAGAGUUUGCCAGGUGCUCGUGUCAUGCAUGUGUCUGCUCAUGAAAAUUUUGUAACGGUCGAAGCUCCUUUGAAGACUUUGAAUGAAGCUUUUAAGGCUAGAAUGGUUCCAUUCGUACAUGAAGAGACUGGUCGUAUGGUGUAUCGUUCAGAAAUUGGUUAUGCUCUUCCUGUGGAAAUUUCGAGUGCUGUCCAUGCGGUCUUUGGUUUGCAUCAUUUUCCAAUUUAUUCGGCAAAGAUUAAGAGUGUUCGAUCUGUGGAGACACCUAACGUGAGAAGUAGAGCCAUGCAAAGUUAUGACACCACUCCUCAGGCAUUGUGGAAACGAUAUAAUAUUACCUUGCCAACAAGUACUUCACCAAAGAAUCAACAAGCCGUGGCUUCCUUUUUAGGACAAUAUGUCGAAUUAAGUGAUUUGACUCAAUUCCAACAAAUGUUCAACUUACCACGUGUGAAACCAACCAUUAUCGGUCCUAACGAUCAGAGCCAACCAGGUACUGAAGCUGCUCUCGAUAUUCAAUACAUUACCGCAGUAGGAUACCUCGUCAACACGACCAUCAAUUCCAAUGAUCCAAACGAUCAAAGCGAUGACAUUUUCCUUCGAUGGAUCAAGAUUCAACAAUCCAUGGGUGAUCGAUCUGCUUGGGUCCACUCCGUCUCCUAUGGAGGUGUCGAAAAAUACGUUCCUAAAAACUUCCAAACCACUCUCGACAUUGAAUUCCAAAAAUUUGGUGUGACAGGUCGUACCGUUCUCAUUGCCAGUGGUGACGAUGGUUCUCGAUGCAAUUCCAAUGGUGACAAAUUCGAAGCUGAGUGGCCAACUAGUUCUCCAUACAUUGUCUCUGUUGGUGCUACUCGUCCAAGUGAUACCUAUUUUGAACGAGCUGUGAGUUGGGGAGGUGGUGGUUUUGCUGAAAGUUAUGCACGACCUUCGUAUCAAUCCGAAGCUGUUUCUCAAUAUUUAAGAGGUAAUUCUGUUCCACCAACUUCUUAUUUUAAUGUGAAUGGAAGAGCUUAUCCAGAUGUUGCUGCUUUGGGUGUUGAUUAUCAAAUUGUGGUUGGAGGACAAGUUCAAGCUGUUGAUGGAACUUCUGCUUCUACUCCAGUCUUUGCAGGAAUUGUUUCCUUGUUGAAUGACUUGAGAUUGAAAGCUGGAAAACAACCAUUAGGUUUCUUGAAUCCAUGGUUGUAUCAAGUAGCUUCCAAGGAAAGAGGUGCUUUCUUUGAUAUCACUCAAGGAAAUAAUGGAGUGAGUCCAUGUCCUGGAUUUAGUGCCACUCAAGGUUAUGAUCCAAUUAGUGGAUUGGGUGUACCUAAUUUUGAGGUUUUGAGAAGACUUGCUGUUCAAUCUCCUUAA